GUCAGUUUCUUCCAAGUGUAGCCAAAAUCUGUGGCAACCAUGGCUAGCUUUUACCUCUGGCUAAUGUGCUUGUACUGGAUAGUGCUCGGACAUGGCAUUCUUGAAGCAGAAGCAUCCCACAGAGUUUACAGAAAUCUUGCAUCUCUUCAACCAGCAUCUCCAAGUCAAACCUACAGAACUUCUUAUCACUUCCAACCUCCCAAGAACUGGAUGAACGAUCCUAAUGGACCAACGGUUUAUAAGGGACUUUACCAUCUAUUCUACCAGUACAAUCCACUCGGUCCAGAUUGGGGGAACAUUGUUUGGGCUCACUCCACCUCUAAAGAUUUAAUCAACUGGAACCCUCUUAAAGCAGCCAUUUUUCCGUCUCAGAAGGGUGAUGUGAAUGGUUGCUGGUCAGGAUCAACGACAAUGCUUCGAGGGGAAAACCCAGCCAUUCUCUACACUGGCAUAGACCCUAAGAACCAGCAAGUUCAAAAUCUUGCUGUCCCCAGAAAUCUUUCUGACCCAUACCUGAUAGAAUGGGUCAAAUCGCCUUACAAUCCACUGAUGACUCCGACUCCAGAGAACAAAAUCAAUUCAAGCUCAUUCAGAGACCCAACUACUGCCUGGUUGGGCCCUGAUGGCCGAUGGAGAGUCAUCGUUGGAAAUAAAUUAAAUCGUCGAGGAAAAGCACUUCUGUACAGAAGCAAGGAUUUUGUUCGUUGGACCAAAGCUCAGCACCCACUGUAUUCAAUACAAGGCACUGGAAUGUGGGAAUGCCCUGAUUUUUACCCUGUUUCGAGCAGCCCUAUUGGUUUAGACACAUCAACCAUUGGCGAAGGCGUUAAACAUGUUCUUAAGGUAAGCCUGGAUGACACCAAGCACGAUCAGUACGCGAUUGGAACAUAUGCGCAUUCCAAGGAUGUUUUCGUGCCGAAUGCUGGAGCUGCAGAAAAGUUUUCAGGCUUGAGAUACGAUUAUGGGAAGUUCUAUGCUUCAAAAACAUUCUACGAUAGUUUGAAGAAGCGAAGAAUUCUUUGGGGUUGGAUCAACGAGUCAUUAUCUCGAGAAGAUUAUAUUGCUCAGGGAUGGUCCGGAGUUCAGGCAAUUCCUAGGCUGAUAUGGCUAGAUAAAUCAGGAAAACAACUGGUCCAGUGGCCAAUUUCAGAGAUUGAAACGCUACGACAAAAAAAAGUUGGCUAUCCUCGUACGCAGCUCAAGAGCGGAUCCACAGUAGAAGUUCAAGGCAUCAAAGCUGCCCAAGCGGAUGUAGAUGUGUCGUUCCAAGUAGCAUCCCAGUUGGAGCAAGUUGAUGCAUUCGACCCAAGUUGGACGGACCCCCAACUGCUUUGUAGUCAAAAGGGUGCAUCAGUCAGAGGAGGGACAGGACCCUUUGGACUAAAAGUUUUGGCUUCAAAGGAUCUGCAGGAAUAUACGGCCGUCUUCUUUAGAAUUUUCAAAGCCCAGAACAAAUAUGUGGUGCUGAUGUGCAGUGAUCAGAGCAGGUCCUCGCUCAAUGAAAAACCAGAUAAGACAACUUAUGGGGCAUUUCUGGACGUGGAUCCUUUGCACGAAGAAUUAUCUUUGAGGAGCUUGAUUGAUCAUUCAAUAGUGGAAAGCUUUGGUGGAAAGGGCAAGGCAUGCAUCACUUCAAGGGUAUAUCCUACUAAAGCUUUAGGCAACGAGGCACGCUUGUACGUCUUCAAUUAUGGAAAGGCCAACGUCGCAAUCUCAAGCAUGAAUGCUUGGACCAUGAAGAAUGCCAGUAUCAAUCGAAAGAAUUGAUCUUCAAGAGUGGGAUGACUUUAGUUUGAAUCUUUUAUAACGUUAGCAAUGGUGACCAUAUUUAAAAUUGCAUAUUAUCAAAUAGAAAAGGUACGUAUUUGGCAGACAACAUAUUGCAUUUCUAAGCCACCAUAACUCAAAAGAAGUCCUUAAGCCUCAGUCAAGUAUUAUAACAUGCACGUCUCUCAUGUGAAGUCAAAUUUUCUAGUGUCUUCGACACAUGGGACAACGUAAUAUGCUUAGUGAUUUCCUAAAGACUUGCAAACUUAAAUAGAUUAUGGACUUGUUCUCAA